AUGACCGUAAUUCUAAAGACCAAAGACCGUGAUUUCUCAGUUGAUUCUGAAAGCAAUACUGAAUCUAUUUUUGAAACUGGCAACAAAUUUGGUUUCAGUCAAAAUGAUAUGGCAAAGUGGGAUCAGCCUGUUGAAGUUUCUAUUGGUGUUAAUACAAGUUUCUUUAUAGCUCGAGAAGCUGUUAUUUAUGGUCUGAGAUGUGAUAAUGUUUAUCUUUACCCAGAAUUAGCUGCAGACACCAAAUGGAAAUUUAAAAAGGGGAACUUUGAUGAAAUUAUUAUCCUUUUAGAAAAGAAAAAAAUUAAUAUCCAUACCCUACUUUUUCGUGGUAAACGUGAUUUUGGGAAAAUUACGAGGAUUGUACUGUACACUACCCCGAGUAUUAAUUAUGCCCUCAUACAUAUAAGAGAUUAUGGAAGUAGCAGAGGGUACAUUUGCAUUCGAAAUUCUGCAAAACAAGGACCACCUCAAUUUAAAGAAGAUAUUUUCUCUGGAACAAUCACUGAAAAUAACAAUGAUAUUAGAACUUGUAGCGAACCAGUCGCUAGGAAAGACCCAGAAAGGAAUUAG